AUGACGGGCGGGGGAAACGAACCGCAAGGUGCGUGCAACGGUAGACGUGCUGACGGAAAAGAGACUGCGAUACGUGUGCAGCAGCUGCGUACACAAAUGCAGGCAAUUGCCGAAAAAAUUGGCGAUAUUGAGAGCGAUGCGGACGAGCACAAGUACGUGGUGUUCGAGGCUUACACCAGGCUUGUCAUAAAAACGCUAAGGGAAGUGAAAGAGCAGGAUUCGGAGCGCACUUGUUUCCGGCUUGUCGGCGGGAUCUUGGUCGAACGUACAGCAAAGGAUGUUUUGCCGACGCUGGAAUCUACACACGACGGGGUACGUAACGCGAUUAUCUACUCAUCGCAGCUUAUGCGUGUGCUGAUGGAUCUUGCGAAGCAGUUUAAGCAAAACGAGUCCGAGCUCUUGGAGCUGCAACGCAAGGUCGACACGUAG